AUUUUCUAUACUUUUGAGGCAUAAGCAAUUUGAAAACACUUCUAACCAGGCGCAAAAAUCGUGUUACAUAGUAAUUAUCUGCACGUAUACGGCGUAUGUACCGCUUUUAAGCAGGAAUACAUUAUGCAAAAGAAUAAAUGUUCUCCACCUCCCAUAAACAUGACUCAUUGGGAUUUUUUUUAUUACCUGGCAGCACUUGGCUCAUGGCUUUCAACCUAUCAGAGUGGCUGAUGAAAAAAAUACCCAACCCAGCAGUGCCAAGGCCCUAUAAGUUCUCAGCAAGAGCCAUACAGCACAGGUGUGUGUCUGCUAUGUACACACACGUUCUCAGAGAGCGCUUAUAACACUUUUACCACUUUGUUCAAGCCAUGGAGGGGAACGCAGCUCUCAACAGCACAUCAGAGGGCCCUGGCCUGCUGGAGUCUGGUUACGGUUCUGGUGAAAAUGCCUCUGGGAAAUAUUCGGCGGAUUACAUGAAAAACCUGAAGCGGUAUUCGUCGGUAAAGACCGUGGCACAGAGCUUCCUGGAUGUGGCCCUGCUCAUGGCAAACGCCUCACAGCUGAAGUCGGUGAUGGAUUCUGGAACUGAAUUCAAGUACUUCAAGCCUCUCCUGGGCAUGCUGGCUCUAUCCAUCUCCUUGCAGAUUCUCGUCGGGUUAUUCCUCAUCUGUAUUGUGAUCUCUGACCUGAAGAAUGAAAAGCAAAGGCUAAAUGGGAGACGCUCGGACAUUCUCAACACCCUGGCAACGUCAAUAACUUUCCUCAUCGUGGUGAUCAACAUCUUCAUAACAGCAUUUGGCACUCAUAACUGAUGCUGAACACCCUUGGCUGUAGCCCUCUCAAUAGAAAAAAAUUAACCAUAUUUGCUUGUGAAAAUUUUUUUUAUAGAAAAUUUUAGGCUCCCACUAAUCCUUUCUUUGAAAAAAAUAGUAAUUUCAUCCACUCUGUGGUAGCGCAAGUCUGUAGUCCAAUACUUUGGAAGAGCUGUUUGAUAUACGCAAUACUUUUUGAGAAUCAUCUUCGUCACCAAUGCUGUGAGUCUUUCGCAACACUCUUCACUUUUUUUGUAAAUUUUCUUCUAUUUUUUUUCGCCUUUCGUUACGUCUGAAAAGAGGAAAUGUGAUGCACAUGCAUAAAUGUAAGUGUUUUUACUUAAUACAUGUUUGUAAAAGUUAUGUUGAGUUACAAUAAAUGUUUGCUCGAGUUAUUUUCAUUUAUUUUCGUGGUCAAUUUUGGUAUCUUAUGGGUUUCCAGAAAUGGAACCCCAAUUUAUAAAAUUGCGCCCUAUUGGAAACGGGGGUUUAACUUAUGACGGCUCGACUUGGGACCGUCUUCUAGGAACCAAUUAGGUCGUCGGUGCGGGGGUCGUCUGCAGGAGGGAAAUGCUAAAUGUGUAAUAACAAUUACUACAAUGUGUGUUUGAAUUGAGUUUGGUGAUGAUUUUACGACCAUGGAAGUGGUGGUGAUGGUGAAGAAUUCAAGAGGAUGACUCCUCGGGAGAUGCACGUGUUUUGUAACAGCGCACAGUUAUAAUUUUAGCACUCUGGGAGCACUAGCCACAAUACUUUCCCUGAUUGCACUCGUGUUCUUUUUAAUGUACCUCAGUCGACUCGUUUAUACAUUUUGGUAUAAACGAGUAAGUAAGUAUAAAGUAAAAAAUAAGUGCACAAUAGCAAGUUCAGAGCGGGAUUACUGCGAGGCUGAGGACUAAGCGGGCGGUUGAGGAGUGCCGAACUGAUUCGGGCAGCUUCAAAUGUGUAAUGAGUGACUUUCGCGACACGUCAUGUAGAGGGUACUUCUUUUAUUUCUCACACGGGCACAACACAGGCCAACAUUAUUCUUCUCACUCUGAGAUAUUAACGUCUCUACUGGCUACACACACAGCCGAUCACUCGGCGUGGUCCCACCGCCCUCGGCUACGCCGCUGGCUGACAGUGUGACGAGGAUUGCGAUGGAAACCCCGCAAGAGAUCUUCCUUAUUACCGGACGACGGAGAGAGAUGACGGCGAGCAGCGAUGCAGUCCGGACCCAAGAAUCCACACGCGAAC